CGGAGGAAGCUCGGAAGCUGCUCAGCACUCAGAGGCAGCUCCGGUGUGUUUGACAUUGGACUACACAUUAUCGGCAGUAUCUUUUCUCUGUGAUAGUAACUUGCAAUCCCAUUGUCCAGCGCGACUGUGCCGGUGACGCCGGGGAGACAUAUAGGUUCCUAUAAGGUUUAUGUGAACAUGUCUGUCUUUCACCUGUUACUGUGGAGACCAACUCUGCCUUAUAAUUGGGGGAGCCUGGAGUUAUGUCAGCCAAUGAGACUUAGCCCAGAUUUUCUUUUGAAUUUCCCAGGUUGCACUGCUGCACCUGUCUCAGCUGUUGCAGUGAUGGUGCCACAUUGAAAUCCGAAGGACAGAAAAACAAGUUACAAGAAAGGAAUAUAUUGAAAUCAUCCAUAUUCAAAAACUCCUCUGUGCCACAAGCUCUUGCCAUGGAGAGGAAAAGUUUUUCUUGGACAAGUAGUUCCCUGUGACGGCUCUACACAGCAAAUUUGACACCUGCUUCUCCUUUGUUAACUGAACGGACCAAGAUGAUGCUUUGGCUGCUGCUAGUUGUGUCCAUUUGGGUGGUGUCUGAUCAAGCUGACUCUGCCCAGUCCAACGAACGGCGGGUUGUAGCACACAUACCUGGUGACAUCAUCAUUGGAGCGUUGUUCUCCGUCCAUCAUCAGCCUACUGCUGACAAGGUACACGAGCGCAAGUGUGGCGCGGUGCGAGAGCAGUAUGGCAUCCAGAGGGUGGAGGCCAUGAUGCACACACUGGACCGCAUUAACAAUGACCAACACAUCCUUCCCAACAUCACCCUGGGCUGUGAGAUCAGGGACUCCUGUUGGCACUCAGCUGUGGCUCUGGAGCAGAGCAUUGAGUUCAUUCGGGAUUCACUGGUCUCCUCUGAUGAGGCAGAAGAGUGGGGUGGAGGAGGUUCUUGGGGAGGGGGAGGAGGUGGAGGAGCAACAAUGAAGUGUGCAGACCCCUCUGCCACUCCAAUGCGGGGGAAGAAACCUAUUGUGGGUUUAAUUGGACCGGGGUCAAGCUCAGUGGCCAUCCAGGUCCAGAACCUUCUUCAGCUGUUCAACAUACCACAGAUUGCCUACUCUGCCACCAGUAUGGACCUCAGCGAUAAGAGCCUUUAUAAGUACUUUAUGCGGGUGGUGCCUUCAGAUGCCCAGCAGGCAAGAGCUAUGGUGGACAUUGUCAAGAGAUACAAUUGGAGCUACGUGUCUGCUAUACACACUGAAGGCAACUAUGGUGAAAGUGGGAUGGAAGCGUUCAAGGACAUGGCGGCCAAGGAGGGCAUCUGUAUCGCCCACUCUGGCAAAAUCUGGAGCAAUGCUGGAGAGCAGAGCUUUGACCGGCUGCUGGAGAGACUGAGGGCUCACCUGCCCAAAGCCAGGGUGGUGGCGUGUUUCUGUGAAGGCAUGACUGUCCGCAACAUCCUCAUGGCCAUGAGGCGACAGGGACUGGUAGGAGAGUUCCUCCUCAUCGGCAGUGAUGGAUGGGCAGACAGGUAUGACGUGACAGAUGGUUUCGUUAGGGAAGCAGCUGGCGGUAUCACCAUCAAGCUCCAGUCGGCUGAUGUGAAAUGGUUUGACGAGUACUACCUUAAACUUCGCCCCGAAAACAACCUCAGGAACCCCUGGUUUCCAGAGUUCUGGCAGCAUCGUUUUCACUGUCGACUUAAAGGCCACCCGCAGGAGAGCAGCAAGUACAACCGCACCUGUAGCAAGCGGGAGUCGCUUCGGCAGCAGUAUGCACAGGACACCAAGAUGGGGUUUGUCAUUAAUGCCAUCUACUCAAUGGCAUAUGGCCUGCAUAAUAUGCAACGGGCACUCUGCCCAGGCUAUCAGGGCCUAUGUGAUGCCAUGCGACCUAUAGAUGGUGCUACACUGCUGGACUUCCUGAUGAAAACCAACUUCACAGGCGUGUCAGGGGAGGGAAUCUUAUUUGAUGAGAAUGGAGACUCACCUGGCAGGUAUGAAAUAAUGAACUUCAAAAAGAUGGGGAAGGACUACUAUGACUACAUUAAUGUUGGCAGUUGGGACAACAGAGGCUUGAAAAUAGACGAUGACGAAAUCUGGCCCAACAAAGACACAAUGAUCAAGUCAGUCUGUAGUGAGCCCUGUGACAAAGGACAGAUCAAGGUUAUCCGUAAAGGUGAGGUGAGCUGCUGCUGGACAUGCACUCCCUGCAAAGAGAAUGAGUUUGUGUUCGACGAGUACACCUGCCGAGCCUGUGAACUGGGCUCCUGGCCUACUGAUGACCUCACAGGCUGUGACCCAAUCCCAGUUGAGUACCUGCGGUGGGGAGACCCUGAACCCAUAGCUGCUGUGGUCUUUGCCUGCCUCGGUCUAAUGGCCACGUUCUUUGUCACCGCAGUCUUCAUCAGGUUCCGGGACACCCCAGUAGUGAAGUCUUCCAGUAGGGAGCUGUGCUACAUAAUAUUAGCAGGGAUCUGCCUGGGUUACCUGUGUACCUUCAGCCUCAUAGCCAAACCCCAUGUCAUCCACUGCUACCUCCAGCGACUGGGAAUAGGCCUGUCACCUGCCAUGAGCUACUCUGCGCUUGUCACCAAGACAAACCGGAUCGCUCGUAUCCUGGCAGGCAGCAAGAAGAAAAUCUGUACAAAGAAACCUCGCUUCAUGUCUGCCUGCGCUCAGCUCAUCAUUGCCUUCCUCCUCAUACUGCUGCAGCUGGGCAUCAUCGUGGCUCUCUUCCUCAUGGAGCCACCUGAGGUGAUCCAUGACUACCCCAGUAUCCGCCAGGUCAACCUCAUUUGCAACACCACUAACCUGGGUGUGGUUGCCCCGCUGGGGUACAAUGGCCUGCUCAUCCUCAGCUGCACCUUCUAUGCCUUCAAGACCCGCAACGUCCCAGCAAAUUUCAACGAGGCCAAGUACAUUGCCUUUACCAUGUACACCACCUGUAUUAUCUGGCUGGCCUUUGUGCCCAUCUACUUUGGUUCCAACUACAAAAUUAUCACCAUGUGCUUCAGUGUCAGCCUCAGUGCCACUGUGGCUCUGUGCUGCAUGUUCGUACCCAAGGUGUACAUCAUUUUAGCCAAACCAGAGCGUAACGUGCGCAGUGCCUUUACCACGAGCACAGUGGUCCGCAUGCACGUGGGCGACGGCAAAUCGUCCUCAGCUGCCAGCCGUUCGUCUAGUCUGGUUAACCUGUGGAAACGCAGAGGCUCUACUGGAGAGACACUCAGCUCCAACGGUAAAUCAGUAUCUUGGGCACAGACGGAGCGCAGCAGUUCACGUGGCAACCACCUGUGGCAGCGGCUUUCCUUCCACAUCAAGAAAAAGGAGAACAAUCAGACUGCAGUCAUCAAGCCCUUCUCCAAAACCUCUGAGGACCGUUACUGCGGAGGGGGUGACCUGCCCCCACAUAUUCCUCUGCCGUCCCUCCCGUCCAUGUCCUCUCUGCCCAGUCAUCCGGACACUGGCACAGACAAGACCCUGUACGAGCUCUCGGAAGCAGAGGAGCGCUACUCAAUCACGUACCGGCCACAGACACCUUCUCCAAUCAGCACGGUCAGCCAGAGACUAGGGGCAUGUUUAGGGGAGGAGCCUCAGAUGACUGGCAUACCAAAGUACCCGAGCAGCAUUUGCAGCGGCGGCAGCGGCAGCAGUUGUGGUCGUGCCAGCAGUGGCUCUGUUGUGGCUGGGAGUGAUGGUCGUUUGGUCACUGUGGACGAUCACCCAGGACAGGCCCAGAGUUCACUGAUGGAUCAGAUCAGCUGUGUGGUAAACCGCUUCACCGCCAACAUCACCGAGCUCAACAGCAUGAUGCUGUCGUCCUCUCCGACUCACUCACACACACACAAACACACACCUCCUUCUCCGCACCCCACUGACCCCUAUCUGUUACCCCGUGAGCUUCCGAUGCCCCCGACCCUCACCACCUACGCUGAUGUCCAGCCCCUCCCACCUGUCGAGUCCAGCUUGGGGGGCCGGGGUGGCUGCCUCGCUCACCCUAUCCCUCAUUCACCUUACCCCCUGCCGCCUCCUCACCCCCAGACCUCCCCCUCUCUGUCCCCCAUGCGAGGAGGCCUGAUGACCUGCCUCACCGAUUCCCCUCUGAGGAGGGCGGAGUUGGAAGAGGAGCUUAUUGCUUUGACUCCGCCGUCACCCUUCCGUGACUCUCUGGCAUCCAGCAGUGGCUCACCUGUAUCAGAGACAGAUCUGUGUCUCCCCCCAGUCCCGUCCCAUCCACCACCUUCUCCCCCUUCGCCCAGGUAUAGCAGACUCACACUCAGAAACUACAGCCAGAGCUCGUCCUCACUGUGAGGCAGAGAUGACAAGUUAAGAAAACGCAGAAGUGAAGAGGAGCACUCAAAAGCAACAGGUCAUAACGAGAAAAGAGGAUGGAUAGAAUGAAAUCCAUUUGUCCCUGUGUGGAGUAAAAAGCUGAAGUGAAGGAGUCAUAGAGGGCUGGUUGGUGAAUGCACCAAGCUGUGUUUAUGUUUACAUGUUCGCAGUGAGAUGCAAGUGUAAGAAGCUUGCCCACGUCGUAUUUUCUUAGUGCUGUCUCUCACAAGUGAAAAUGUGAAGAACUGCAAAAAUGGUCACUAUAACUUUGCAGUGUUUUGGUGUCUGUAAAGCCAGAAAUCAUUCUCGAAGGUCUGGAGCUACGUAUCAUUUAGGUUUGGGUAGUGGCCUUAAGGUAACAUGGCUAUCAACUAAUUAGAGAUUAUGAGCUUGUGUGUGUGUGUGUGUGUGUGUGUGUGUGUGUGUGUGUGUGUGUGUGUGUGUGUGCGUAUGUCUGUGUGUGUGUGAGCGUGAGCAUGUGUGUGUGAGUGUGUUGAUGAGAGUUAAUGACAAAAUGAGAGCUGAUGAGGUAAGACUCCUAAGCCUGUACGGGCUAAACAGAGGCUUUCAAGGGCACAUAUACACAGUAUCUACACACACACACAUAGUCACACACACAUAGUCACACACACAAACAUGUGUGAGCGCACACAAACAAAUACAAUGUAAGGGAAAAACUCUGUAAAUAUAUGAGAGGUUUUGGAUUUUUCUUCGAUGAUAAAAUCCAACAUGCUUCUGACAAAAGUGCAUUGCGUUAACAUACCAGGCUGUAUGUUACUCUGAAGAACUUUCUCACAAAAGCAUCUUUUGAUUCAUUCAGCUCUCCGAUCUGUUCCCUCUACAUAGCUUUCUUUUCCUCAGUCCCUCUUUCUCUUGCUGCUUUCUUUUAUCCUGCCAGUAUUUCAGUAUUUUCUACUCUUCCAGUUUGUUUUCUUCAGAAGUUUGAAUGUAUAUUUUCUACAUGAUUCCUGAAGCAGUUGGGACCAAACCUUUUGUACCUCUCUGUCUGUGACUUGAGAAAGAGGGAGAGGAGGGAUUGACAAGACCAGGCCUUGUUUUACCAUCAACAGCUUAGUCAUUAAAUUUUGUUCAGGUGGAUGAUUGGAAGAAAUCUGACCUCAAAGCUUAUUGUUAGUGUGUGACAUUUAACAGAGUAUUAUGUAAGGCUUAGCUGGAUCCCAGUCAUGACAUUUUCUCUAUACAGUUUGUCAGCAGGACACAAGUGUCACUCUGUUUCAUCAAAGACAGUGCUUUGAAUGGGAUUAAUAGGAAUCAUCUUUAAUGUUAGCGGGCACAUAUUGACAGAGUCUGUCUCUACCAGGGUCAUCUGUUGCACAGGUAAGCUUUUUUUUAUAAAUUCCCAAAAGUUCAGACUCCAGAUAAGACUGACACCACAUUACUCUUAGUGUCAUGAGACCAACCUGGUAGAAUAAGACUGACUGACAUCCAGUUGAGCUGCUCAAAAUAUUAGCGUAGCAGAAACAGGAAAAGACAGACAUAAAAAUUACCCAGACCUCAAAUCGUAUUGACUUAAAGGAAUAAUUUUGCAUUUUCUGAAAAUUGCACUCCUGCCGAGAGCUAGAUGAUAUUAUGAUACCACUCUUAUAUCUGUCAGGUGAAUAUAUGAAGUCAGUGGUCUGGUAACAUGUUAAUUAGUUAACUUUAAAGGUGCCGGUAGGCAGAUUUUGUUAUCUUUGGACAGAGGCUCGCUAUUUCCCCCUUUUCUUCCCGUGUUUAUGCUGAGAUAACUGGCUGCUGAUUGUAGCUGCAUAUUAAAUGGGCAGAUAUGAGAGCGGUAUCGAUUUUCAUCUCAUUCUCAGCAAAAAAUGUCUGAAAAAUCCCUGGAUUGGGAAAAAUGUUUGAAGUGAAUGUAAUCUCUCAAAAAAAGACAUUUUAUAGAAGACAGGCUUUGGUUUAUAUGGAGAGAAUUACUGUCUGAUAUUAGCUUAAAGGUCAAAUUCAGGCCAAUGUACAUCCUGAUAUUCCAGACAUAAAUGUCUGUGUAGAUGGGUAAACAGAACAGAACUUGCACAAGACUGCGAAACCUAAAAUAUCUAAUUUGACUAUUUAAGAUUUGGGUUAAAAUGUAUGCCUUCAAAUGGAGUAUUGUACUUACAUGUGCCACACAACAGAAUUUGUGAGGACUCCGAGUAGUACAGGGAUAUACUGUAAAAUGUGCCGAUGAAUGCAUUCACUAAGAUGCUUUUGAGAAAUGGGGCCUUGGCGUUGUGUCAGCUCCCUCCACCAUGGAAAACACUCAGAAAGUAAAGAAAAAAAACCCACAAGAAAUCUAAAGUUAAAAGGUUGUGAUACACAACACAAACAUUUUUAUACAUUUUAUAUGAGGAAUCUGGAGCAAAGACAUGGAUUUGAUAUAUUGAACUAAAUCAAAGAUAAAUUAGACUGUUGGUAUCGCAACAGCAAUCAGUGCUUCAAAAUGUUGCCUGUGUAUUAUUGUCCAUCAAGCGCUCCAUGUUUUCUGCAGCAGAUGCGUUCGUCUGCUGUGACAGCGGACUGACACGGAUGCAGUCCAUGGUCAGAUUUUUUUGAGUGUAGUAUUUCUGCUCUACAGUAGCCAGCAAGAACAAACUCAGACAAAGUGAUUCUGUAAAUAAUAAGGGCAUGCAAAGACAGUUCUGUUUUGUUUCCGAUGAAAGUACAUUUAUUUACAUAUCAACAAAGCUGAAAAAAAGAAAAAAAAGAUGUUUUUGAACUAUGUUAAAACAUACAGUACCAAUAUGUGUUACGACUACAGAAACUGUGUUACUACUCUGAAUGUGUGAGUGACCAUUCCUAUUCAAAUGUCUUGUAAUUCAACAAUAUAAUAAUAAUUAAUAUGAAUAUGAUUAUUGUGCCAAAGGGGUUGGGAGGGUCUAGCUUACUAGCUUGUGGGUAAAUUUGUGGUUUCAUAAAAAAAGAAAAAAAAUGUCAAUGUAAAACUGUUUCUAUUGUUUUGGAUAUUUUCUAUAUAAAUAUUCCACAUUUUCCAGUGUAAAAGCAAUAUUAUCCAUAUGUAAACAAGAUGCACAUCUGAGGGGUUUCUUAAAUCAUUAACAAUGUUUUAGAUCGUUGUUCUUUUUCAUCGCUCUGUAAUCUUUGGUGGGCAACAAAAAGGAUGAUAGCAGGUAGAUAAAUAACAUUUUUCUUUGCUUUUUUUCUAAAUCUAUAUUUAAUGAAAGGGAGAUAUUUAGUAAUUUCUAGUUACAAAGGUGCAAUUCCCUAUUUUUGCAAUGUUAUCUUCUCACUUAGGGCCUGUAGUUCCACUUUUUCCACCUUUUUAUUCCUGGUUCAGUCUGAUGUACCGAAGGCAUAGGUGCGGUGUGAGAUAGUAAUGGAGAUGAUUUAUGUGUGCCAUUAAUUGUUGUUUACUUUUUUUAAGAAGUGUGCUGCAAACUUGGUCUUAUGUCCUCAAACAAGCUGCAGUAUGUGUCUGCAAUUCAAAGCAAGAGAUUAAAGUUCUUCUUGGGUCCCAAAUGGGUAAAAAAAAAAAAAAAAAAUAGAAGAAGUGGAUACGCACAAUCAGCAUCUUAGAUAACUGUUGAGACUUUUGCUUAUGAUAGGAUAAAAACAUACAAGAAAAACGCAUGAAACAAGAGCUGUUGGUCAUAGUUGUACACAUAAUUGGUCCCUGUCUUAAAGUGCUGUCUGUGCAUUAAUACCUCGACUGUGCUCAUUUUAUCGUGCUAAUCUGGGCGCUGACCUGUUGUCAAAAAAUUAACUAGCUAUUGUUGAGAUGUGAUUGGGGAGGAGCCGGUUUAUGUGCUGCUGCCUGUCACUGACAUUGUUUGUAACAUGCUGAGAGCUUGCUUCAGCACUUCAGCUGCAUGUUAUCAGCCCCCUGGGUGAGGCUUCGACAGUUGUGUGCUGCCUCUGCAGAAAAAGACAGGAUCAGCGCUUAUUUCUACUGCUAUCUUAUUCUCUUUAAGGGCUCAGUUCUUUGACAUCAUCUUACUUUAAAAUCACACAUGACCAACAACAAAUAGUCAUUAAAAAGGGCAGAGGUUGCACAUACUGUAUAUUUGGUAUAAAAAAACUAAUGCAGGUAUUGACUUGUAAGCUCAAUGUAAACUCACUGAACCCCAGGGAGAUGAUAAGUGAUCUGUAAUCUAUUGUAGCAUUUAUGAGGAAAUACAAUUUGUAUAGCAUUUGAAUCCAUUCUGUUCAACCAGGGACCUUCAAACAUUUCCAUGAAAAAUGCGUAGUAAUCGUCCCUGUACGGAAAUGAAAUAGUAAUGCAGACAGUACAUUUUGCUGACAAACUGUGAGACAUCUGCACUAAUACCAUUGCUCCACAUUUUAUCCCUACCUCAAGGAUCACAAAAAGCUACCACUCAUAUUAACCUGGGCUGAUCUCCGUUAAAUUGAUAUUUCCCUUCAUAUUCUAGACAAAACAUGAUGAUGAUGAGCAAAAUCUUAUGUUUGCCAGGAAGAUGAUCUCCUGAUGAUGUCUACCCAAAAUGCCGUUGGCUCACUUAUUUUCGUAAAUGCACUCUAAAGAAUUGGAUUGAUAAUCCCUGCGCUCAAAAAUACUUUUAAUCCAGACAUGCUUAUCUGCUGAUAGGAGGAAAGCAGACCCAAGGUCAUUUAUUUUAUACCAUUUGAAUGAAAACAUGAACAGUUGAGGCUUUUAUCAGUCGCUCUUGUCCCUCAUUUAUCUUGCCAGAUAAAAGUAAUGGGGUUGUUUUGGGUUUCGGGUGCAGCUUUUGGGUGAUGUCGUGGUGAGGGAGACAGAUUUGCAGAAGCAGGACCUCAUUCAUCAUUCGGGCUGGCAGUGGCUACCCUGCUGAAAUGACACCACCAGCUUUCUACCAUCUGUAAUAGUGGCGCUCUUAAGCUGACCCUGACUUCUCUGUAGAAGGAGGCGAGUCAGAAACAGGGAUCCACAGAGAUAGAUGACAAACACCGUUAAUUUAGGUUAUUGUCAGUUUAGCACUCAAGAGGUCUCUGGUGAGACAGAGCAGCCUCUCCCACUGCCCUGCCUGAGUAUUUGUUUGAAUUGAUACAGAACACAGAACUAUGUUUACUGUGUAAACAACCACAUAGACAUAUGGUGGCAUAUGCUGUGAGGGCAGAGUGGGUGAAGUUUUAGUUUAAGUGAAGAUAUAACAAAUUGUUUCUUAACAGUGUUAAUGAUAUACGUAAAUCACAAGAUGAUUACGUGAGAGGUAGAUAAGAACCUAAGUUCUUCAUUACAGGUAGAGAGGCUCAGAUCAACCAGUACCUCGUCCCUCUACCUGUAAAGCAAUGAAUCAUUUCAUAUUUAUGUUAAUUCUGGUUUUUGUUUUAUCUUUUUUUCUUUUCUUUUUUUUGCGCAGUAAUCAAAAUGAAUCAAUGAGCCUCGUCAAUCAAAUCCUAAACAAUACCUAUCCCUAAGAAUAAAACUGAUUACUUAAGAGUAUAAAACAGAAGCAUGAAAAACUGUAUUGAAAAGAAGUAUCAAUAUGAAGUGAUACUGAUCAUUUUGGGACAAUAUCCAGCACUAGUGUUGAGAAUGGUAAAUCCUCCGUAGGGCUGAACCAAGAAUUUCCAAAUAAACCGAUACACUAACUCACUUGAAACUUAAUUUUGUAAAACUAUCUGACAGCUUGCAUUUUCAGGAUAAACUAAUGACAAGAUGCAUAUCAGUCUCGUGAAUAUUAAAUUCCUGGGGGGAUCGGAUGAAUCCACUUUAACUGCAGCUGGUUGAGUGAAACCCAAGGCCCAGGGGUUGACAGUUAGAUGUCUUAAAAAUCAUCAACAGUAUUUUUGUAAGUUUGUCCGAAGCUGCUGAUUUGAAUGUUGCUUUUUAUUACUGAGUAAAGAGCAUGUGUGUUUUCAUAUGUGGUUGUUUCCUCAGCCAGUAGGGUAAAAUGACUGAUUUUAGGGAGUCAGUGUAGAUUAUAUAGUGCAGAGGAGAUGGAGUUGUGUUAUAAGAAGUUAGGUUCCGUAUUAUAUUGAUUUGAAGUACUUAUUUAUUUGGAUUCAGGAUUUAUGAUAAAGUGGAAUAACAUAUUAAGCAGGUCUGUGUGUGUCUGUAGGGAAUUAUUGUUUUACAUACAGAGCAGGCGACUUACAGAGUUUACAGUAUUGUGUAUUGAUGGUUUGUGAAAUAUAUUUAGUUAAACAAACUCAUCCUGUGUUUCUAUUGGUGAGAGUAUUAAACCAAACUGAACUGUGAUAUUACACCAUAUGACACAGGCAUCCUUGCAGGGCAUGAUGGGUAUCAAAGAAACACCAAUGUGGGUGAUUUCUUUAGUUUUAUGCUGUGUGUUUUUUAUAUUCCUCAUAUAGAGAUCAAACUGUUUGGAUUACCGCUGUGGACACAAACAUAAUUAAUACCCCAGCUUUAAAUUCUGGUGAGAUUCUGUUUUCAGUGGAGUGUUAGCGAUAUCAAUAAGGAGAUGAAUGUUGCCUAUAGAAGUGAUGUUUACAUUCUUACUGCUCACUUGAGAUAAUCAAGAUUAUCAUGUUCAAUUACGGGAUUCAGUUGUCGUGACAUUUUACAAGCUUGUAAGCAAACGUACACGUUUUGUGUUUUUGUGGAACACUGAGGUGGAUGAUCUGAGCGGAAAAACUAAUUUCACUUGUUCUUGACAAAGGCAGCUCAUCUGCAUAUAAAUUAAGGCUAUGGGCUGUGCUCCAGUCUCGUUACAACCCAGACUUAUCCAAAGUUUAAUUCAGCCCAGCUCACUGAAGCAGCUACUUUGGGCUUCAUUUUGAUAAAAAAAAGAAAAUGAUGAUGGGUUACCAUAAAGAUAAUUAAAGGGAAGAAGAAUGAGCUGAAUUCCCUAUACUGAGUGUGUAGAAUGUACUAUAUGUUGUUCUGUAUUCAUUUAGAAGUAUUUAUUCACUCCAGGCAGAAAAUGAUUAUUACUAAAAUGAAAAUGUUUGAUAAAUGUAUAUUAAUGAUUUAUUUAAAAAAUUAACAGCAAAGCCAGGCUUAAAUUGCAGUGUAUUCCCAGACUCCACUAGUGUUUUAUUACAGCGUUGUUAACAUAAGCUCCUCCACUCAGUGCCAGCUUUCUCUUUUUUAUUUCAGGUGCUAUUGCAUUUUUUAGCUGGGGUGGAUAAACACUACACAAAUUUGAUUAAACUGGAGCUAUAUCUACACCAGCUUCUAGUGAAAAAUUCUAAUUAUAUGAAAUUUUUUUAAUAAGCUGUUAAACAGUGCCAACAUCUUGUUAAUGUGAAAAAGAUGGCGUAAUUUCAUCAUUUUCUAAAGGGAGCGUUGUAGUGUUUAUCCAGCCUCAGGAACAUUGGAUUGUUAAUUAAUUACUUUUAAUGAACUUACUUUUUAUUAAUUUGUUUUUUUUUUCCCCCUUGCAUUCAGAACUGUAGAAUGUAAUCUGAUGCUAUAUAUUGGUGUGAUAAUGGAAGAUGGUUUUAUAUUUGGAUAUUUGAUUAUCUACUAAAUAUUUUCACUCAGCUUUGUGAAGUGUAAAAUGUGAGAAUAUAUGGCUCUAGCUGUUUGGAAAAUACAGUAUGUUUCUAAGUGGCUCUUUAGUAGGGGUUGAUGACGGGUGAGAUGGGGGGUGGGGUUAGGUUAUAGAUGUCUACUUCAGGCAGAUUUUAUGUUCAGUCACUGUUUUAACCCACAGAUAAGCUUUAGAGUAGCCUCCGUGAUUACACACUAACAGGUUUGAUAUAACUGAAUUGCUUUCAGAUUGUGCUGGGAUCCAAAUUGUUUGUCACUGGCGCUGGGACCUUGUUCACAGGCUUUUUGGAGGCUCCCAACAGACCUGGCAGUAAGAAUCAGAGCAGUUUUGGCCAAACAGAGUUUUUCUCAUCUCCCAAUUAAUGAAUCUUUAUCUCUUCACUCCAAAUUGGCCCAGGGUGAUGCCCAUGAAGGCACUUCUGUGGGCUGAUCUGUAGCCAUGGGGAACUGUAAACUGAAAGGACAGUAUUCAGUGUUAACAGGAUGCUCCCUGUACUCUUAAUGUAAGAGUUUGUUUUUUUAACCAAGGGCAUAACAAAUUAGGAGUAACAAGCUUUUUUCAACUUCUUCUGUAAUUUUUAUUAGUGAUAAAAAACAACAACACAUGUAACGUGUUAUUAAAGUAUUAAAUCCUUUUUAUUUAUCCUUUUAUCAAAUUCCCAAAAAUCAUCAAAUCCAGCACAAUUGUGAGCACACCUAUCCAUAUAUAUGUUCAAAUUAUAGGUGAUCAAGGUUGGGAGAUUAGAAAUCUGUUUAUACUUGAUACAGUUGGACCAUGCAUGAAAGCAUGAGCUGUCAAAUAGAAAACGCAAAAAGUUUGAUUCAAAACAACUGUGCUUAAUAUUUCAUAUCUUGUUGCCCUGUGUCUCCUUUUUGGGAAUACCACGUUGCUCUGAUUCCUCUGUCACUGCAUCUCAUCCUUGCUUUUCUCCCUUGGGUCAUAAGUGGCAGGAACAAAGACAAGAUGUAAGACAGGAAGUGCAGAUGCAUUAAUGGGAUCUGCAAAGAACCACAAGCCCCCAGAAGCCUGUGCUAAAGGGAAAACAGUGAGCACUCAAAGUUAAACCGGCAUAAGGCAGCUCUAGGCUGCCACACGACCACACACCAUAAAAGUAACUCUGAUUUUGUAAGGGUGUUGGGUAAGGGGACAUAUGAGUUUAAUCUUUUGUUGAGCCCUUCUCCUCUCUGCAGAAACACCGUGCUAUCAAAGCAUUUUGGCAUUAACAGGUCGAUUUUCUAAAAAGUCUCCAUAGUGUGACUCACUGCAGUCGAACGCCCACCCUCUGAGCACCAAGAAAGACCUGGCGUAGCCUACUAGAAAUGGAAGAAAAAAAGUCACAGGGCAUUCAUUAACUCGAACUUACAGCUCUUCAUGAAUCCUGGUUCUCUUUAUGUUUUUUCUUACUGGGAUGUAACUCAAUGUUUCUGGGAGCCUCCAGUCAGUGUGACCACCACACAGCAGUGCUGUGGAGUCAGACAGGAGAUGGGAUAUGGUGUAGGGAAAAUAAUUAUCAAACAAAAAAAGGAUUUUGUUUUUUGUUUUACCAUUGAUAAAUCAUUGUGUAAGUGUACUACAAAGUACCUUUGAAUCACUAUUGAAAUCAUUAUUAAAAAAACUAUGUUUGACCA